UGUCUCCACAAAUAUGAUGACUUCAAACAUGCAGCCAAUUCAUCUGCUACAGUUGCCCGAGGAAUAACAGGCAGUGUUUGUCUAAAAUCACCUGCCAGCAGCACUAAGGCACGACCAAACAUUUCAUUUUUACUACGUAAAUCUCGUAAUGUCCUAUCAAGCGCUUCCAGUGACUUUUUAUGUGCCAUCGUGCACUCAUCCCAUACAAUUACGUGUGCGAAAAAGCGGAGAAGGAGAAGAGAACUGUUCUAUUUUUUAUUUGUUUUUUUUUCGUAUUAUAUAUAUUGGCAAAAUUUAUACAAAUGGCGAAAUUUAUAUUUUUUAGGAAACGCACAACCACCAGAGAGCAAUUUAAAGGUUUAAUAUCUCGUAUGAAGGAGCGUCCCGAUAUUGCAAAAAAUUUUACCAGAAGUGCUCCUAACGAGGUAGAGCAAUUUUGGGAGAGUGUGCGUGAGGAACUGAAUUCAUUAGGGCCUCCAUCGAAGAGUAUUUCAGAAUGGAAAAAGGUUUGGUCAGAUUUUAAAUCAGCAGUAAAGAAAAAGUUGGCGCACAAUAAAAGGGAAUUACAAGCAACUGGUGGAGGCGAAAAUAGGGAACUACCUUUAUCGUCGCUAGAAGAAGAUGUUGCUGCUCUAGUGGGCCUAAACGACUGUGUUGGGGGCAUUAAAAAUUCAAAAGAGUUUGGAGUGCCUCAGAGGAGAAUUAUUGAGCAUGCCACUCCACUAAAUUCAGAGCAGGUGGUUGAAGACAUUACUCCAUCUACAUCGAAGAGAGCUCGUGAGGGUACAAAUUCAUAUACUUCGAGAGACGCCAUCUGCAUAGAGUUGUUGGAAAAUGACGAUGUGGAAAAUAACCAAAACAUUCGAAAUGAACUCCGAAAAAAUGAGACCAGAGCAGUUUGACUUGUUAGACAAGCAAAUCGGUGUGCAGGAGAGCAUAUAUUCAAAAGUUUCGGAAGGUGUUGGGGCACAGGAACUACAUUUUAAAA